UUUGGAGCUAUUUCUAGGGUUUGAAUCAACAUUUACCCUUGUCAACAAGUCGGCCUUGAAAUCCCUUGGAACGCCUCACAUGUUUCCUACUAUUUUAGCCGUGAUUCAUUGGCUUGUACAUAUUGCAAUGUAUAACGAGCACCUUGCAAAUUCCACGAAGUCACACUCGAUUUCUGGUGACAACAUGUUCAUCUAUACUCUGAAUACUUACCUGCUUUACAUAAGGGGUAACGACGAUGCAAUUGAAGGGGAAGAUGAAAAUUUCAUGGAGAAGUUACACCAGGUCAAAUCAGGAGAUUUGAAGGAUUUGGAGGCAAAACUGGAGACAAUGAAGUCUGGGCCAUCAGAGUUCGAUCCGGGAGGAAACAGUGUUUUCCUACAUUCAUGUCACAGGGAUCGCUCUAUCAGCCAUGAUCCAUGUUCUAAACGUUUCGUUCCCAAUCAUGAACAGAUCUUAAAGCUGGAAGGGGAAAUUUCAUACAUUCCAGUGGUCAGGGAUAUUAACAACAAAUGUGGGAAUGAAGAAGGCAGCACAGACAAACGGAUUCUUCCAUGGAUGGUUGAUGGGGCUGGACUUCCACUUAAUGUUGCAGACCUUCUACCUACACUGGUAAAGCUGACUAAAAAAGUUACUGAACAAGUGAGACUUCUAGCAGGUCACUAUAUUGGGAAUGAUGUGAUAGAUGAAAAUGCAGCUGGUGAAGGGAUUUAUGAUUACUACUGGACAUAUGCUCUAAACUAUGAUGAGACAAAUGCAGGGAUAACCAAGUAUUGUGGCUAUGGUUCUGGGAAUUUCUCAGCAGAGUGUCUUCAUUAUCAAAGCCAAUCAGGUAGUGAAUAUGGUGAUAUUGAUAUUUACAACAUCUAUGCACCAUUCUGUGAUGGAAGUAUCCAUAAACAUCCCACUAGAUCUGUCAAGAACUUUGAUCCUUGCUCUGAUGAUUAUGUCUUAUCAUAUCUGAAUCGAGCAGAUGUGCAAGAAGCUCUUCGUGUCCGAAAUACCUCGUGGGGAUUUUGCAUUGGUAUUGGAAUGAUAGACAGCCCAACAACCAUUUUGCCUAUUAUCACUCAACUUAUUGAAAAUGGAAUUAGUAUAUACAGUGGUGACACGGAUGGACGGGUCCUAGUAACCUCCUCAAGUUCAGUAAAACCUGAUGUUCUAGAAGAGGAAGGAGAAGGUGAUUUUGGGAGGUCACAACCUGCAUCUGAUGCACUGUCAAAAGAGGUGAGCAAACAAAUAUUGGAACUAUACGAACAAAACAAAGUGGCACCAGCUCAGACAAGUGAAGUGGUUGACGGGACUACAGGUGGCGGGUGAAUCAAAAGGGGGUUGCUGCCACGAGAGCUGUUGGAUAUUUUUUGAUGAAAUGCUCUAGUUAGAUAUAUUUUUCCAUAAAAGACUAAGUGAACUGCUUGAAUUCUAGAGAAUAUAAAGGUUGCAAUUUUAGGUAAUUGAUUACAAAAUGUGUCUCAUAGAGGAAGGAAAGUAAUGCAUCAAACAAGGGUAUAUAAGCAAUUUGGUAGUAUCAAAUUAGUCGCUAAAGAAUCAAAAAACCAUAAGCAAUUUUACCCUACUUAUCAAUCUAAUAAUCCUAUAAUGGAACUUAUAAGUAGGUUAAUAAAAAAAUACAUUGUAUUUAUGUAUAAUAAUGAGGUUUUUUUAAUUGCUGUGAGUCUCACAAUUGCAUCAAUUCAAACUACAUUUUGUUAUUUUGUAGCUUUGAAUACCGAUUGAGGGUUAGUCUUGGACCUGUUGGAGACUUGUUUUUAACAUCUCGUGUCAGAAAUACAAACACAGAUCGAAAACCAUUUUCUUUCACUUUUGCAUAUAAAACCAAUUUUUCUGUUUCAGAUAUCAGUGAAAUCCAUGUAGAAGGAUUGAAGACACUGAAAUUAAGCACAAGAUACGGAAGGUAGCUCCGACUUGGGACAUGGAGGCUGAUGAACGAGACAAUUACACACAUAUUCCAGUAAGAAACAGAGUUAGAUGAUUAUUUGAUAGUUAGGAAUGUAUAACCCAUGUUAGCCCUG